AUGUAAUGGAAAGAAUGACGGCUAGCUCUAGUGUUACACUUUAAGUACAUCGUAUUUGUACAUUGAUGUGUACAUGAAGGAAAUAGCGUUAGCAGGGAUGAUCUACGUAAAUCACCCCUGAUAGUCUUAGAACACUGCAGACGAACCGCCGUCCUCGUCUUGGACUGUUGUAGAAUACACGCGAUUUUCGGCAUUUACUCAGCUACGACUCCCACCGGUAACCCACGUCGAUACAUUUUGGUUGCAUUGACAACUAUAUACCUGUCACUUCGCCAAGCCCAAUACUUUAAAAUGCUCUUAUGAUAGAGGAGAGCAUUGCGCAACACCAUCAGCAUGGCGGCUUCUACACUGUCCGUAGUUAAAACACUUAUAAUCCCUGCCGUAAUCUCUCUAUUACUCUUCCUCCUAUCUACAUAUGUCCUCUAUCCAUUAUGGCAUCAUUACCGAACCCGAUAUAGCCAAUAUCUCCCUCUCGAUACGAUAUCGAAUCAUACGUCCUCUUUACGUAGUAGAGCCCAAGACGCGAUGGCUAGAUAUUUAAUACCGUCAAGAUGGCGCUUCAAUGCGCGCGAGCGCGUAAUGUCAGGGGACGAUGCGUCAGAUCUUGGGUUCAGUUCCGAAGAGGGAGAGGAAUUAGACGAUGUGGAUGAUGACCGGCGAUAUGGACUUUCGCUGGAUACACAUAACCCUGAGCGAACGGAUAGCAUGAGGAGACUAAGCAGAGAGUAGAGGAGGGCUUCCGAGAUGAUAGUGAUGAGGAAGAUAAUAAUGUGCGGCAGGUU